AUGCAUGUUCGAUUUUACCGCUGGGCUUUGAAUGAUUUGACUGGGGAGUUUUCAAUCAAUGAUUUUCCACCUGGCAAGCUUUCUCCUGACGAGGAUCCUUCUGAUAAGGAUGAAGCUGAAGAUGAACUUUCUGAUGAGGAUGAGGAGGAGGAAGAGGAGGAAGAAGAGGAAGAAGAAGAAGAAGAAGAAGAAGAAGAAGAAGAAGAAGAAGAAGAGAAGAAGAAGAAGAAGAAGAAGAAGAAGAAGAAGAAGAAGAAGAAGAAGAAGAAGAAGAAGACGAUGUCAUGGAUGAGGAUGAGGAUGAGGGGUAUCUCUACCCCGAACUUGGGAUUCCACCUCAUCAAUGACCACGAAGAGAUUGAAUACAUUCUACGUCAUCUUGCUCGCGCGGGCUGCCAGUGA